UAGACACGCCCACGCUGUUCUCAGCGAGCGCUGCACAUUGAACGUGCGUGCGCACAGACGCUGUGUGUGGUUUCGGAUGCACGCUCGCGCACCUCUGGCAUAUAUGACAGGAUACAAACUCGAAGGAAGAAAAUAUGCCAAUCUCCGUCAUGUUUCAUUCAGUUUAUACAAUGCUGUGCUGCUUUCAGCAGUAUUAUAGAGGUUAGCCGCGAUGUGUUACUGCGUAAAGCUGAGUGACGGACCGGAUCGGUGGCGCGCGUGUUAACGCACAACACUGUUUUCAGUUCGUGCGUAAACUUUGCGAGAACUUGGCGGCAUCGCUUCUCAUUUUGACAGGCGAGGUGAAACGGCAGCACGAAGCAUGGCGACACAAAACGACUGCUGUGUCAAGGUCUCUUUAAGGAUCCGGCCGCAGAUGGCAAAAGAGAAGAUUGAGGGAUGUCACAUCUGCACCUGCGUUACCCCCGGGGAGAACCAGGUGCUCUUGGGUAAAGACAAGGCCUUUACGUAUGACUUUGUGUUUGACUUGGACGCUCAACAACAUCAGAUCUACAGCGCCUGUGUUCACAAACUGGUUGAAGGCUGCUUCGAAGGAUACAACGCAACUGUCUUCGCAUAUGGACAAACUGGUUCAGGAAAGACCUACACCAUGGGCACUGGCUUUGAUGUAUCCAUUUCGGAGGAAGAGCAGGGCAUCAUCCCACGGGCUGUGCAACAUCUCUUCCAGGGCAUCCAGAAACGCAGACUAGAUGCGCAGAGCGCCGGCGUGCCCCUCCCAGAAUUCAAAGUCAGCGCCCAGUUCCUGGAGCUCUAUAAUGAGGAGAUCCUGGACCUGUUUGACAGCACGUGUGACCCUGAGGCUCGAGGUAGGAAGUCCAACAUUAAGAUCCAUGAGGAUGGGAGCGGAGGCAUCUACACCACAGGAGUGACGUCACAGCUGGUCAGCUCAGAGGAGGAGCUGCUGCAGUGUCUGAAGCUGGGCGCUCUCUCCCGCACCACGGCCAGCACGCAGAUGAACGCCCAGAGCUCCCGCUCUCAUGCCAUCUUCACCAUCCACCUCUGCCAGAUGAGAGUCUGCCCGCAGCCACACCUGGUGAACGGAGAGAUGAACGGCGAUAGCUCCAUCGCUCAGCCCGAGUAUGAGACGCUCACUGCUAAGUUUCACUUCGUGGACCUGGCUGGAUCAGAGCGUCUCAAACGCACAGGAGCCACAGGACAGAGAGCGAAAGAGGGCAUCUCGAUCAACUGUGGCCUGCUGGCCCUGGGUAAUGUGAUCAGUGCACUGGGAGAUCAGAGUAAGAAGGCAGGCCAUGUGCCCUACAGAGACUCCAAACUCACACGCCUGCUGCAGGACUCGCUGGGAGGAAACAGUCGGACCGUGAUGAUCGCCUGCGUGAGUCCCUCUGACCGUGACUUCAUGGAGACCCUGAACACACUCAAGUACGCCAAUCGGGCUCGCAACAUCAAGAACAAAGUGAUCAUGAACCAGGACAAAACCAGCCAGCAGAUCAGCGCCUUACGAGCAGAGAUCGCACGUCUGCAGAUGGAGAUCAUGGAGUACAAAGCGGGGAAACGAGUGGCCUGUGAAGAGGGAUCCGACGGUUUUAGUGAUCUGUUUCAGGAGAACUCGAUGCUCCUAAAAGAGAACGACACUCUCCGUAUGCGGGUCAAAGCCAUGCAGGAAACCAUCGACCACCUCAACACUCGAGUCACCCAGCUGCUCACCAACGGAGUCAGCCUGCUGCUCACCAAGACUGGUGAAACGAACGAGGAGAUUGGCAAUCUAAUCCAGAACUACAUUCGAGAGAUUGAGGAGCUGAGGUCUAAGCUGCUGGAGAGCGAGGCCAUGAACGAGUCUCUGAGGCGCAGUUUGUCCCGCCUCUCCGCCCGCUCUCCACACCCCUCCACACCAGCACUCCCUCUCGGCUCCUCCCCCUCCGUCUCCAUGGAUGCAGAGAUGACCGAUGUGAUUUGUCAAGCCAAAUUAGAUGUGGAGAGGCUGAAGAAGAAAGAGAGAAAUCAGAGGAGGAAGAGUCCCGAGAAAGAAAAAGGUCUGAAGAAGAGAGCCAAGCUUUUUCCUCAGGAAAAUGGAGAAAAGAGCGAGAACGGACUGAGCAGGGAAAACGGAGAGAGACGAGAGAAUGGAGAUGGAGACUCUGAUAAUGAACCUGAAGAGGAUGGCAUGUAUCCUCUUCAGGAGGACGGACACGGGGAGAUCGGCUGUGAUGAGGAGGAGGAGGAGGAGGAGGAAGAGGAGACCAGAGAGGAGGAAGAGGAGUUUGACAGCGACGAGAGCCUGGUGGAUUCUGACUCUGACUCGGAUGAGAAAGUCAGCUUACAGGCCGAUCUAGCGGACCUGACGUGUGAGAUCGAGAUCAAGCAGAGACUCAUCGAUGAGCUGGAGAACAGCCAGCGCCGGCUCCUGAUGCUGAAGAGCCAGUAUGAGGAGAAACUGAUUCUGCUCCAGAACAAGAUCCGAGACACGCAGCUGGAGAGAGACCGCGUGCUGCACAACCUCAUGUCCAUGGAGAACUACACCGAGGAGAAAGCCAGUAAGAUCAAAUCGGAGUACGAGAAGCGUCUGAAGGAGAUGAACCGAGACCUGCUGAAGCUGCAGGCCGCUCAGAAGGAGCACGCGCGUCUGCUGAAGAACCAGAGCCGAUACGAGAGAGAGCUCAAGAAACUGCAGUCUGAGGUGGCCGAGAUGAAGAAAGCCAAGGUGGCGCUAAUGAAGCAGAUGAAGGAGGAGCAGCAGAAGAGGAGGAUAAUCGACGCCAAGAGGAACAGAGAAAUCGCACAACUGAAGAAAGAGCAGCGACGACAAGAGUAUCAGAUCCGAUCUCUGGAGACUCAGAAGCACCGGCAGGAGAUCGUGCUGCGGAGGAAGACACAGGAAGUGACAGCGCUGAGGCGGCUGGCCAAGCCCAUGUCGGAGCGUGUGGCCGGACGUGUGGCCCGCAGACUCACCACUUUGGACUCCUUAGCAGAGCUGUCCACCGCGACCACAACAACCUCCUCCGAACACGAAUCCACUCGCUCGGUGUCCAGCAUCAUACGCCAGUGGAAUACCAAACUGAAUGGAUACCUGGGAGAGAACGAGAGCCAGGGGACACGAGCAAACCUGGCCAGCAGAAAAACGUUCCAGGGAAAGAGUACUAGCACAAGUUUUUCAAAGACAGCCCGUCAGAAGUGGCAGUCUCUGGAGAGGAGGAUUGUGGAUAUUGUGAUGCAGAGAAUGACCAUCACUAAUGUGGAAGCUGAUAUGGAUCGCCUCAUUAAGAAACGUGAGGAGCUGUCCGUGCAGCAGGAGGCGCUGUUGCGCAAGAGAGAGAAGUUACUGAACGAGGGCUUCAGAGAGGAUGAGGAGGAGAGGCUCCUUCAGGAGAUGAACGAGGAGAUUGAUGUGCUCAAUGCCAACAUCGAUUACAUCAGCGACAGUCUGUCAGACUGCCAGGCCACCAUCGUACAGAUCGAGGAGACCAAGGAUGAGCUGGACUCAGUGGACACCUCAGUGGUCAUCAGCUCCUGCUCGCUGGCCGAAGCUCGUGCUCUCCUGGACUACUUCCUCAAAGCCUCUAUUGACAAGGGGUUGCAAGUUGCUCAAAAAGAGGCUCAAAUUCGCCUGCUGGAGGGUCAGCUGCGACAGACGGAUGUGAUUGGCUCUUCCCAAAAUCACAUGAUUCUUGAUGCUCUAAGGGAAAAGGCGGAGUGUAUCCCUGAGUUACAAGCUCUAAUCCACAAUGCCCAGCAAGAGAAUGGCUAUGCAAGCACAGAUGAGGAUGUGUCUGAGUUCAGCCAGGCGUCAGAGGGCGGUUUUCACCAAAUGAAGUUGUCAGCGAGUCAAGAUGACUUUAAGAUGAAGGUUGAGCCUCGGCUCUCUGCACAAAUGAAGGCGGUGUCAGCUGAGUAUUUGGGCCCGAUUCUGGACCUCACCUCCAAGAACAUCACUAAGUCCCUGGCGUCUCUAUCAGAGAUCCACGAGAACGGCCUGGUCCUCAAAGAGCCCUACUCCAGAGAGCUGGUGUCUCGAACCAUCAGCCUGCCUGUCAGAGGACACACUUUUCCAAGGCUGUCCAGAGGAUCUGACACGUCUCCCUUAACAAUGAGGCAGUCAUACGAACGAGGCCAGCCAUAUAGAAGUCCAGACGUAGGCUACACUCCUCCUUCUUCCCCUCCUCUCCGAACACGCAAUGACCGUAACGUCUUUUCCCGCCUGACAAGCAACCAGAGUCAGGGCUCAGCGCUCGACAAGUCGGAUGACAGCGACUCCUCUCUCUCGGAGGUGCUCAGGGGUGUGAUCACUCCCACAGGUGGGCUGAAGGGUGGCAGGACGGCCCCGCUGCAGUGUGUGGCAAUGGCCGAGGGACACACAAAACCCGUGCUUUGCCUGGAUGCCACAGAUGAGCUGCUUUUCACUGGCUCCAAAGAUCGCACCUGCAAGAUGUGGAACUUGGUGACUGGACAGGAAAUCGUGACCCUGAGAGGACAUCCUAACAACGUUGUGUCGGUCAAAUACUGCAGCAACUCCGGCCUGGUCUUCACAGUUUCUACUUUAUAUAUCAAAGUUUGGGACAUUCGUGAUUCUGCCAAGUGUGUCCGGACGUUCAUGUCAUCGGGUCAGGUGGUCUCAGGCGAUGCCUGCGCUAGUACAACUAAUCGCACUAUCACUACGGCUCAGGGCGAGUUCCAGAUCAACCAGAUCGCCCUCAGUCCCUCUGGAUCUGUGCUGUACGCUGCUGCAGGCAACACUGUCCGCACAUGGGACCUCAACAGAAUGCAGGCCACUGGGAAGCUGACCGGACACACUGGGUCAGUCAUGUGUCUUACAGUGGGUUAUUCUGGAGGGGGCAAGGAUCAGGUGAUCACUGGAUCCAAAGACCAUUACGUUAAGAUAUUCGAUGUUGCGGAGGGAACCCAGGGUAACAUCGGACCAGCUCAUAACUUCGAGCCCCCUCAUUACGAUGGGAUUGAGUGCCUUGCUGUACAUGGCGACGUACUGUUCAGUGGAUCCCGUGACAAUGGCAUUAAGAAAUGGGAUCUGGGACAGCAUGAACUUAUUCAGCAAAUCCCAAACGCACACAAGGAUUGGGUGUGUGCUCUGGCGUUUGUUCCCGCGCGGCCCCUGCUCCUCAGCGCCUGCAGGGGGAUGCUCAAGGUGUGGAACGUGGACAACUUCACGCCCAUCGGAGAGAUUAAGGGCCAUGACAGCCCUAUCAAUGCCAUCUGCACCAAUUCCAAACAGAUCUUUACCGCCUCCAGUGACUGUCGGGUGAAGUUGUGGAGUUAUGUCCCCGGGCUCACGCCCUGUCUGCCCCGUCGGGUCCUGGCCAUCAAGGGCCGGGCCACCAGCCUCCCCUGAGCCUCCACUAACCACCUCCUGCCCGGUUCCCUCUGUGACAUGAGAGUAAAGAUCUGGAAUCCGAAGAUGGGGAAGAAAAGGUGACGAUCCUCCAGUUGGAACGGUUCUAUCAGUGGAGCCUUUCUGGGCUGUCGGCUAAUUGGACACCACAGCUUUAGGUGUCUGAAACCGACCUUGGCGAUGAGUCCAUGGGUCAGCCUUCUCUCUCCAGACGGCCAGUUUCAUGGAGAUGGUGCAAAGUUGAAAACGGAGUCUGUUCUGAGGAAUACAAUGAUCAUAUGUGUCUGAGGAACUGCCAGAUGCUUUCUUCUGGAUGUUUUUAUGGUGCCAUUCUGGUGAUGCCUGAACUGUAUUAUCUGUACAGUGAAGCGUCCUUCUGCACUUCCUGUCCCAGAGGUGACUUCGUCUGUAGCUGCUGAGUUUACUUCUGAAUAUUUAUCAUGUGAUGGAGUCACUUCAAAGUCUUUUUUGUAAUUCCUAGAGAGCCAUAUGACUUUAGCUUCGAGGUAGUAUCAGAGACUGAAUCACUUUUUCUCAGUAUCCAGAAGAUUGGCACCUUUUGUGUUUACUAAGAAUGAGCAGAUGCAGUCCCACAGUCCCUUGAAACAUUGUGCAAUAUAAAGGACCACAAUGUUUUUCAAUGCCUUCCUCUGAACAUUUCAGAUAACUAAUGGCUUCCGUAAACUCCCCUAAACCGCAGCCAAGCACCGUACAGCUGAUCCACGUCCUUUCCUUUUAAACUCAUCCGCUCCAUCCUGCUGUGAAUUUUAUGUUUUCUACCUCAGGUUUAAAAUGAGAUUUUGUAUGCUAAACCUCCACUGGUUCUGGCUUCUUGCAGAUGUCAGGACUCCAGCUUUAUUGUCUUCCAGAUGUGUGGCUGGAGGUCUCAGAAGUGUAAAGCGGUUAUUGAGAGUCUGCUGAGUGGGCAUUUUUGAGAGUCUGCCUAUGUAAUAAGCCUAACUCAUCAGGGGAUUGAGUUUAGUGACACUAGCAGGCAGUUUUAGGCAGAGUUAGUUGUUACCUCAGGCUCAAGCAUCUGACUGAAAGGCAGCGAUCCCCUUAGGAGAGUAGAAAAGGAAGCAGUUUCAUGGUGCUGGACACAGUCCUGGUACGAAUUUCAGACAAUCUAACGCUGGAAUGUUGGAUGAAAAUUGGGACGUUUUGUUUUGCCCAUUAGUUUUCCUGUAUUAUGGGUACCCUUAAUAACACUUUAAAACAGAAGUGUUAAAGAAUUUGCACAACGGCUACUGAUCAUUUAUUUCUGGUCCUCAGCAUUUAGAUUUUUCAGUUCACAGUUCACCUUAAAAAUGAAAAUAUUUGAAUACUCUAAACCUUAAUGGCUUCCUUUCUGCAGUGGAACAGAAGUAGUAGUUUAGAAGAUUGUUCAAACUGCUCUUUUCCAUAGAAAUGAAGGUACAUGGAGAUGGAUAUUUUGAGCUUCAAAAAUCUCCCAAAACACCACAAAAAUAGUAUAUAAUAUGGGUGUUCUAUAUUCCAAAUCUUCUGGAGCCACACACACAAAAAAUUAUUUAAAAUGUAAUUUAUUAUUCAAUAAAAAUCAUCUCACCUCUUAUUCUUGUCAGUGUACUGUGUAUUCAAGUAUGCAAAUUAUAUAUAUAACGUUGGACUACUUGGAUUAUGUUUUUAUGCUUGUUUUGUAAUUUUUGCUCUUGAUUUUGCCCAUUCAUUGUCAAUCUGGAUAAGAGCAGCUGGAACAAUCUGCUAAGCUUCUCCUUCUGUGUUCCAAUGAAGAAAGAAAUUCAUAAGUUUGGGACAACAUGAAGUUAAGUAAAUUAUUGCAAAAUCUAAAUUUUUCACACAAUUUACCCCUUUAAGACACCAUAAUAAGUUAAACAUUAACAUCAGCCAUCGCUGUUUCUCCGCUAUCACACUUUUGAACGAGCAUCAAGCAUUUUAAAGACCGCAGUGUUAAAGUAGGUCAAGUUGGGCACCGUGUUUUCCAAUCCUUCACUCCGUAUUAAAUGAAAUAGGAAGCAGCCUCCUCUGCAUCGGAGGAUACGAUGUGCCUGAUGGGGGUUCGUGGGCGUCAGCGAGCUUGUUUUGCUAGAACACAUGCAGCUUUGUUUAUUUUAACGCCAUCAAUCUUGCUGUGCCACGCGCUGUUCCCUUCUCAGGCUUUCCUAGAUUUACAGUCUUUUUUAAUGAAACAUAUCUAUCACUCUUAUCUGCACAACAUUUUUUGGAUGGCCCUUGGCAAUUCACCACCUGAAUUCAGCCGCAUAUACGAGCCUUAUUUACAGACGAGAGAUGUGGUUUAUGUGAUGAAGGACCCACAGAAUGGAUAAUCACACGUCAAGUGCAGCAGGAUUCCCAAGCUACGAAAAGAGAUUUUAACAAAUUUGAAAGUUACCCUUUUUGAGUUCGAUUUUUCCCCUUUUUUGAAGACAAUGUGAUGUCGCAAGGCUGCUGUCAUUCAUUUUGAAAGCUACUAUACAGUGGUUAUAUAUCGCAUUUCUAAGGAUGAGUUUUAGGCUGGAGUCAUUUGCAUACUGUAAAGCUCAUAUACAUACAUUAAUAUUCAUAAGGAAGAAUGCAGUAUGGGCUUCCUUAACCUUUAGGUUAAUAGGUUUCUACCAGUGGUUGGCACUAUAUAUAUCUCUUUAAAUUUAACAGUAAAUUGAGUCUGUGUGUACUACACCAUCUUUAAGCCGGUAUGUCAUCCUCGUUGUGAUUAUAUUUGGGUUUAUGAUUCUAGAAUGUAGAACUAUUAACAAUAUAAGCAGUUUUUUACCAAAUGAUACAUUUGGAACGAGUAAUACAGUUGGAUAUAUAUAACACUUUUCUGUGAAGUCUUUUAAAAUAAGGCCAUAUUUAUUAUAUAAUGAUCAGAGCAUCUACUUCAAAGGACAUUUGUUUUGAAAACUGUGUGAAAUUUUGCUUUGUACCAUCUUGCAUCUUUUUUUUUAUUUGCGUCUGUUUUGUUCUUAAAGUGAGAUCAAAAUGUACAGCGUCAAACGUGUUGCCAAAGUUUGAUUUAAAUAAUCACUAAAUAAUUGUCCUACAUUACCUCCCAUUGGAUCACUUAUUGCAAUAUUGUGCAUUUAUACUGGUGUCAUGUUUAAAUGAA